CCCAUCUUUCCGACUCUGUUUUGUUACUUUCACUUAGUUGUCUGAGACGUUUAGAUCAAAAUGUAGUUUUAGAUUUUAUGCAGGCUCCUGUUUCCAACAAAGCUCCAACAAUAAACUAAAAAAACGCGUGAAAAUAUUCUACUGACAAGCGUAAAAAUACAAAAGAGGGGGGUAACCGUUAUGCCAUUGAAAACAAAUUUGUUGCACGGAUUUUAAUGGUGUUUGUCUGAUGUGAAACCUACACAUUAUCCAUAUGAAGUCACGUUUUUUCUCGCUCUACACGGCUAAUUACGCAAAGAGAUGAAUUACUGAGUUCGUGGGUUAGGACCGAACCUGUUGGGACAUACAGGUUUGGUCACGGUACCUUUCUCUUGAUUCUUUGGAGAUGCUUUGAUGUGAAACUCUGCAGACAACCGGGACCGACAGACCUGAACACAUAAUGGAGGGUGGACGCGGUGGGGAGUAGUCAGUCGUGCAGCCCUUAUUCAUUGGUUGCCUCAGACACAGUAGCUCUCCCUCUCACUCUCUCAUAAAUGCGCUCCCACCACCGAGAGAAGCAGAUAAUCACAGGCCACUGUGAGAAGGACACACCUUCCGCUGAUUUUUUGCCACAGUUUACACGGGGAUGCGUUUUGACUCACGUAAAGGUGUCAUCAGCACAAAAUCUGAGUCGUGUUUUCAGCUCGCUAUUUCGCAAUUUUGCAAAUUUUACGCGUAGGUUUAACGACUACUCCGCUCCAACCCGAAGAUGACUGGGGUUUUUGAGAACUUAAAUACUGAUAUGCAUUCGAACCAGAUUACCUCAAGCAAUUACCACAGCUUGCACAAAUCGCAGGAGUCCCCGACUCUGCCGGUGUCCACGGCGACGGACAGCAGCUAUUACAACAGCCAGCAGCCCGGCCACUGCGCGGGGUCUCCGUUUGGCCAACUUGGCGCUUACCAGUACCAUGCCAGCGCCACCAGCACCGUGCCAUAUAACGCAAAGUCAUACGACCUUGGCUUCAACUCAUCGUACGGUGCAUACAGCUCUUACGGCUCCAACCCCUCUCCUACUCCAGCCGAUACAGAGAAAGAAGAGAGCGAGCCAGAAAUCCGGUUGGUUAAUGGAAAACCAAAGAAGGUCAGGAAACCUCGAACCAUUUAUUCCAGCUUCCAACUGGCUGCACUUCAGCGGAGGUUUCAAAAGACGCAGUAUUUGGCUCUACCAGAACGGGCCGAGCUGGCAGCCUCACUGGGCCUUACGCAAACACAGGUCAAAAUCUGGUUCCAAAACCGCCGCUCCAAGUUCAAAAAGCUGUGGAAAAGUGGAGAAAUCCCCCCAGACCAACAUGUUGCGACCAGUGAAUCACCCCCCUGCACGUCUCCACCAACUACUGCCUGGGACUUUCCACAGACUCAAAGAAUGAACAAUGUCAACUCCAGUUUACCUCAGAGCAGCAGCCCUCCCAACACGACUGCGCCUUCAUCGUUUUUGGCAAACUACUCCUGGUACUCAACCACGAACUCUACGACGCAUCUGCAGCCUCCUCUGCUCCAGCACCACCACAACUCCGCCAUAAGUGCGGGGACGAUAUUCUAAGAAAAAAACAAAACAAAACAAACAAAAACAAACAACAAACAUCGGGUAAAAAUCGGACAAUACUGGUGAAAAAAGAAAAAUGCCAAUACCUUCAUUUUACAGACCUCGUGUGUGCGCCAUGUGAACUUUACACGCAAGCAUCUAGGAGAAGUUAAUGGAGCCAGACAGGUUCAUGGACCUUGCCAGUUGUCGCGCUGGCAAAAAAUGUUAGACACAGAUUUCUACAGUUAUUUUUGUAUUUAUUUAUUUUGAUUAUGUCGAGGGAUGAAUGAACCACUAUUACCCAAAGCAAUCACAGCCUGGGCGCAAAGCCUUCUUUAACGCGGACGUCACUUUUUUGCCAUUCCUGCGAAACAAAAACCUUCACAGCAGGACAAACCUGUCACAGAUGUAGCACAAGUUAACUGUAUCGUGCCUUUUUCAAUAUGACCUCAUUUUGUUGUGAUUUAAAAAAAAAAAAGAAGAAGAAAGAACAGCUUACCUUUAUCCAUUCCUCAUGUCAUUAGCUGUUUUGAAUAUAUUGGGGGGUAAGUGUCUGAAUCCACGUUUGUAAAUAUUUUACCACAGCUUUUUAAUAGCUCAUGUCGUUUUGACUUUUUUUUAGGCUAUUGGUGCAAAUCCAUUAACCACCGUAAGCUACUGAUUGUCCUACCCUCUGAUUUACUUGUAUCACAAUUUAUUGUAUUUUUGUCUUAUUUAUUUUAGCAGUGUUUCAUAUAU